AAAUCCAUCACACAGCUCAACUCUGCUCAGAUUUUGCCGUGCAGUUGAUUGCCUUGGGCGGUAGUGUCUUUUGUCUCUAGCUAUCAUUCUCCAUAAAGAGGCUUGAUUGCACCUUCCAUUCACCAUGAAAGAAAUGUGAUUAGCACACCCAUUGGCUUUGACCAGAUCUGUGAUUGCCUUUGAUCAGACUUGCUUGAUGGCGGCCAUUAUCACCUUCCAGCAUAAUAAUAUUUUAACAAACUUUUCUCUGCAAUGGGAUCUCUUAAUGUGUUGCUCAAAGGCCACUUCUAUGCUAAGAGAAUGACCCUCUUGUCACAAUGAUUGUCAGCAGCUCAAACUCCCCCAGCCAGAUCCAAAAGCUGGUGUUGACAACAGUUUAAAUGUAAGUAUAGAAGAUGACACCAUUUUCAGCUGUCUUGAAAGCCUAAUUGAGAACAUGUUCUACCAGGUCUCAGCCAAACUUCCCUUAAGCCAUUUUGUCCAAUCUAUUCUAGCAGUUGCUAAUUUUUCAUGUUAGCUGGGAUAGGGAUCAUUGCUGAUAUAUUCCUUUUGUUCAUCUCCCUACUGUGAAUGAGUCUGGAGAGCUUUUGGACUGAGGAAUUCUGCCCCCCAGGUCUUGAUUCUGCAAAGAACAUGAAAUAAAGUAAUCCAUGCUGAAGAGGCCCCAUUCAUACAGAUGAGCCAGGGGUUGAAGCGGCACUUUAAACCCAGAUAGUCGGCUAACUGCCCGGCAGGAUGCCAUCAACCAGCCGAGCGGGCAGCCUGAAGGACCCAGAAAUUGCAGAGCUGUUCUUCAAAGAAGAUCCUGAGAAGCUCUUCACAGAUCUCCGAGAGAUUGGUCAUGGAAGCUUUGGAGCAGUUUAUUUUGCACGUGAUGUGCGCACCAACGAAGUGGUGGCCAUCAAGAAAAUGUCCUAUAGUGGGAAGCAAUCCAAUGAGAAAUGGCAGGAUAUUAUUAAGGAAGUCAAGUUCCUACAAAGAAUAAAACAUCCUAACAGUAUAGAAUACAAAGGCUGCUAUUUGCGGGAGCAUACAGCAUGGCUUGUUAUGGAAUAUUGUUUAGGAUCAGCAUCAGACUUACUAGAAGUUCAUAAAAAGCCAUUGCAAGAAGUGGAAAUAGCAGCAAUUACCCAUGGUGCUCUCCAAGGACUAGCAUACUUGCAUUCUCACAACAUGAUCCAUAGAGAUAUCAAGGCAGGAAACAUCCUACUGACGGAGCCAGGCCAGGUGAAGCUUGCCGAUUUUGGAUCUGCUUCCAUAGCCUCUCCUGCCAAUUCAUUUGUGGGGACGCCAUAUUGGAUGGCCCCAGAAGUAAUUUUAGCCAUGGACGAAGGGCAGUAUGAUGGCAAAGUAGAUGUUUGGUCUCUUGGAAUAACAUGUAUUGAGUUAGCGGAAAGGAAGCCUCCUUUGUUUAAUAUGAACGCAAUGAGUGCCUUAUAUCACAUAGCGCAGAAUGAAUCCCCUACACUACAGUCUAAUGAAUGGUCUGAUUAUUUUCGAAACUUCGUAGAUUCUUGCCUCCAAAAAAUCCCUCAAGACAGACCUACAUCAGAGGAGCUCCUGAAGCACAUGUUUGUUCUUCGGGAGCGCCCUGAAACAGUGUUAAUAGACUUGAUUCAGAGAACAAAGGAUGCAGUGAGAGAACUGGACAAUCUACAGUAUCGUAAAAUGAAGAAACUCCUCUUCCAGGAGGCACACAAUGGACCUGCGGUCGAAGCACAGGAAGAGGAGGAGGAACAAGACCACGGCGUCGGCAGGACAGGAACAGUGAAUAGUGUUGGAAGCAAUCAGUCCAUUCCCAGUAUGUCUAUCAGUGCCAGUAGCCAAAGUAGUAGUGUUAACAGUCUUCCAGAUGCCUCGGAUGAUAAGAGCGAGCUAGAUAUGAUGGAAGGGGACCACACCGUGAUGUCAAAUAGCUCUGUCAUCCACUUGAAGCCGGAGGAAGAAAACUACAGAGAAGAGUCGGAUCCUAGAACAAGAGCGACGGAGCCUCAAUCUCCACCCCAAGUAUCCCGCCACAAGUCGCAUUACCGCAAUCGAGAGCACUUUGCUACUAUACGCACAGCAUCCCUGGUGACAAGGCAAAUGCAGGAACACGAACAGGACUCUGAGCUCCGAGAGCAGAUGUCUGGCUAUAAACGCAUGAGACGGCAGCACCAGAAACAGCUGAUGGCACUGGAGAACAAACUGAAGGCAGAGAUGGAUGAGCAUCGCCUCAGGUUGGACAAAGAUCUUGAAACACAGCGCAACAACUUUGCUGCAGAAAUGGAAAAGCUAAUUAAAAAGCACCAAGCAGCCAUGGAGAAGGAGGCCAAAGUGAUGGCUAAUGAAGAGAAGAAGUUUCAACAACACAUUCAGGCCCAACAGAAGAAGGAACUGAACAGCUUCCUGGAAUCACAGAAGAGAGAAUACAAGCUCCGCAAAGAGCAGCUCAAAGAGGAGCUGAAUGAGAACCAGAGCACCCCGAAGAAGGAGAAGCAGGAGUGGCUCUCCAAGCAGAAGGAGAACAUCCAGCAUUUCCAGGCAGAGGAGGAGGCUAACCUACUGCGCCGCCAGCGGCAAUACCUGGAGCUAGAGUGCCGCCGCUUCAAGCGAAGAAUGCUUCUUGGGCGCCACAACCUGGAGCAGGACCUUGUUCGGGAGGAGCUGAACAAGAGGCAGACGCAGAAGGACCUGGAGCAUGCCAUGCUGCUGCGCCAACACGAAUCCAUGCAGGAGCUGGAGUUCCGCCACCUCAACACCAUCCAGAAGAUGCGCUGCGAGCUGAUCCGCCUGCAGCACCAGACCGAGCUCACCAACCAGCUGGAGUACAACAAGCGGCGCGAGAGGGAGCUGCGGCGCAAGCAUGUCAUGGAGGUCAGGCAGCAGCCCAAGAGCCUGAAGUCCAAAGAGCUGCAGAUCAAGAAGCAGUUCCAGGACACGUGCAAAAUCCAGACCCGGCAGUACAAAGCCUUGAGAAACCACCUGCUGGAGACCACGCCAAAGAGCGAGCACAAAGCGGUGCUGAAACGGCUCAAGGAGGAGCAGACGCGCAAGCUGGCCAUCCUCGCCGAGCAGUACGAUCACAGCAUUAAUGAAAUGCUCUCAACACAAGCUCUGCGUCUGGACGAGGCGCAGGAAGCAGAGUGCCAGGUUUUGAAGAUGCAGCUGCAGCAGGAACUGGAGCUGCUGAAUGCGUAUCAGAGUAAAAUCAAGAUGCAGGCCGAGGCCCAACACGACCGGGAGCUGCGUGAGCUUGAGCAGAGGGUGUCCCUCCGCAGGGCCCUCCUGGAGCAGAAGAUCGAGGAGGAGAUGCUGGCGCUGCAGAACGAGCGCACCGAGCGGAUACGGAGCCUGCUGGAGCGGCAAGCCCGCGAGAUCGAAGCCUUCGACUCGGAGAGCAUGAGGCUAGGUUUUAGUAACAUGGUCCUUUCUAACCUCUCCCCCGAGGCAUUCAGCCACAGCUACCCGGGAGCUUCUGGCUGGUCCCACAAUCCGACGGGGGGUGCGGGACCUCAUUGGGGUCAUCCCAUGGGUGGCCCACCGCAAGCUUGGGGCCAUCCAAUGCAAGGUGGACCCCAGCCAUGGGGUCACCCCUCGGGGCCCAUGCAAGGGGUCCCUCGAGGUAGCGCGAUAGGGGUCCGCAACAGCCCCCAGGCUCUGAGGCGGACGGCCUCCGGGGGACGGACGGAGCAGGGCAUGAGCAGGAGCACAAGUGUUACUUCACAAAUAUCCAAUGGUUCACACAUGUCUUAUACAUAACUUCAACAGUAACUGAGGGUGGCAAUUCCACUGGAGCUGUCUGCCAAGAGAAACUGCCUACAGACACCACCCCCGCAGCCUCCUCUGUGCGGCACUGCCGGGGGGGGAGCUGGGCGCACACGGAAUCUUGUAUUCAUUUUGUAAAGCAUUACGUUUCGUGUUUACUAACUGGGAUGUCAUAGUAUUUGGCUGCAGGGGCUGGGGGGUUCAUUUCUACUGGGGGGAACACGGGAGGGGGCCCGAGAAAUAUAUGCAACUAGGCAGAGGGGUUGGCGGGGACUCUCCUAAACACCCUGCAGGAGGGCCUCUGGCGGCCUGGGUCACCCCGACCCAAACGGGGCAGAGGAGGAGCUGGAGCCUUUGCCAGUGUCUGGCUGCACCCGGGGAGCCGGCUCGGCGAGCUGGGAGCUUCGGGGGUGGAGCGGCUGAAUACCUUGCCCCGUUUUUAUUUGUCAGUAAAUUGGCCUCAUUUCCAGGUGUUGCCCAAGAGGAGAGGGAGGCAUUAAAGGACUUGUAGGUGAGCAAGAGAUGGGAGAGGAGAGGCUGAGUGGCUUUGUCUGCUGAGGUGCCAGGGUCUGAUGGGACCCUUUCCACCCCAGCACCCGGCCCCUCUUGCAUUAAGAAGAGAGCUUUCUCCCGCAGAGGGCACGGGCCCUUUUCCUGGUAGCCGCAGCCAGGAGGCAAGGGCCGGACCCCGCGUCUCCGCGCUCCCCUGCCUCUGCCAGCGGUAGCUGCCUUGUGCUGGGAGGAGAAGUGGGGCAGAAGAGCAUAAGGAAGGCACUCGCAUGGGUAAUACUGUGACAUCUCAUCUUAGCUAAGCACCAGAAUAAUUCCUGGAGCCCUAAGUAGUCCUUUUGCUCUGUUCUUCAGAAAUGUUAGACUCAACAGCCGGUCAGGCUGAAAUGCCAGAGGUAUUCUGAACGAUGCCAUAGUCGCAAAAUGCCAUUGAUCGGGGUUUCCAUUACUACACUACAUCACCGAUUUAUUACCUUGGGCUUCUCGCAGUUUCCUGUUUACAUGUAGAGUGUAGCCAACUGUUUAAAUGUUUAGUUGCCAUAGUGUACCGGGAGGACCUGAGCCAACGACUCUGCCAGCUGCUGACUAACCCACAUCACCACUGUAGAUCUUGCUGCAUGUCAGGCUCCUUUCUGUUAUUUUGGUUGCUGCAAUGCUCUUCCACGUGACAGUCCGUUGAAACGUUGUGAUCAUUCGGCAGCAUGUCACCGCGCAUCGGAGGCACUACUUCCGGGAGGGUCUCGGCAGAGCUGCUGUACUACUGAAAGGGAGCGAAGGAGGCUGGGGAAGACCAUGGGAAAAGGUCAGGGAGUCUAUGCAGACACAGAAUGAUUUUUGUGGCCAAGUCUCAUCCCUCAGUGCUGGGAGUCAGAGGUGUCCUAGUGCCAACGCCAGGGAGGUCUGGGCCAGUCAGCGCCGUGGGGUGGCGAGAAGAGCAGGUAGGCGAAGUUUUGGCUCGAGGGCAGAGGGUCUCCUUCCUGGGGCCCGCCCAGCCGGAGCUCUUUGUAAAUGACUUUCCUUACAGACUAAUCAUCUUGAAGAAAACACUAGCUGCUAACUCUAGGAUUUGCCUUUAAUAUGUUUAUAGGGCUCAAAAGCAAGGUUUGCAGAAUGUGUUUGUCCACGUGACAUAUUUAUAUAGAGAAAACUCUAGCAUCUCGCUGCUGUUCGGGUUUCUCGACGGGGCGAUGUUCUUUCAUGAGCUAAAUUCAGAUCCACUCCAGACCCGUAGCUCUCAGCCCGCCUCUGGGGAAUCCAAGCUACGGGACUGACAGUGUCUCACUACAGCAUAUCACUGAACAGAGAUGAAGACUUACCAAGCCAGGCUUCAGAUUAACGCCUUAACUGGGGUCCUGUAGUAUUAACAGUGCACAGAAGUUUAGGGUGCGGCGGGGGUCCUGCAGCAGGAAAUGCCUUUUUAGCCGCCCUCUAGGUCGUGUGUACUUCUGUGAUGGCUAGGUGUCAUCCCAAGCCUUCCGGCUCUACAUCUCUGUGUGGAAUGGGCCUUCCUGGCCAUUCUUUUGCAUUUAAAACACUCAAAUUAAACCGAACUAAUAAGGAAAAUCCUCUGCAUUUUCCUGGAGGGUUUUUUUCAAAUUGAAAUUGAAAGCCAAAAAGAAGCCACCUGUGUUGGAAUUGACCCCCUUGCCGGUGCGGAGAGCAGGUCCAGAGCAUGGUGCUAAUGUGGAGUGCUUCAGAGCCCCAAGCAGCGGCGGCGGUGAUGGGGAGGCUGUACUUACACACUGAGUCGUUUCAUUCUUUUGCUUCUGUUAUGGUUUGAAUUUGGUCAAAGUCUCUGGCUUAAACUGGGCUACUUCAACCGAGUUCCCUCAGACCAUCUUGUUUGUGUAAUGUAAAGCAUGACUGAAUGCUGGACCCAACGAUGUCUAUCCCAUAUUGGCUUUUUUGUAUUCAGGAGAGUUGUGUAGUAACCAUUUUUACAUGUAUAUCAUGUGCAGACCUGGACUAUUCCAAUGAGUUUAAUAUUUUAAUUAAAAUAGUUUGCAAAAACUGAUUCAGAUCAACUCGUCUACAUGUGUGUGUCUCUGUGUGUGCACGUGGGUACCAGCAGCUGCCUUCUGAAUGAGUCUGAUCUCAGGAGAUGUCACCCAGUAACUCAGUUGUUGUAAGCGGGGGGCGGGGGAUCGUGUUCAUGUUUGUACUGGAGGUGUGUGAGGAGGUGAAUUAGUAUAUAUAAUGUAUAUGUUUUUAUAAAUAUAAAUAUAUAUAUCACAAAUAUAUUUGUGAGAUAUAUGUACAAAUAUAAAAUAAAAUAUUCCAGAGAGACGCAAACACUUUCUGAAUCAGUUUGCAAACUCCAUUUUUUUUUAAUUAAGAUGACCUGCUCCAUGCUGGACUAGACAGUCAUGCCCUAACCUUAGCCCUGGCACUGCCAAUACUGUCAUCUGUAAACUGGAAAGACAGGUCCCAGGAUCUCCUCCCGAUGCUAGUUGUACCCCUUCCCUCGGCGCGUCCCCGCGGCGCUCCCCCUCUGCAUGCUGCGUUCGGAAGCUUGUUUGCCUUCUCGCGAAAGGACCGGCCAGGACGCCUCGGCCGGCUGCUCUGCGGUGGUUUUUCCCCUUCCCCUGGGCACAGGCCUUGCAGCCGAGUGUAGCCAAGAGGCGCGAUACCGGAGGAGCCCUUCUGGGUUUUGCAGAAUUCACAUCGGCAAAAGGGGCCGCGUUUUCUGGGCGCGCUGUGGCUGCCGC